UGACGCGUCAUCACUUCCUGUUUCCUACUUCCGUACACAAACGCUCCGCUGAUGACGUGUACACUCCAGUCCCGUUAGCUGGCUAGCCGGCUAGUUUAGCCACCUGUCAGGUUAAAGAAACGGUGUCAACGCGGAGGAAUCCAAGAGGGAGGGUCUAUUUUACACACCACGAGAAGAUGGAGACGCUUUACCACCAGACCAACAAGCAGAUCCAGGAGGUGCAGUCGUACAUGGGAGAUCUGGAGAAGACGGAUCGUCAGUCAGUGCACCUGUUAGAGAAUGAGCUGCAGGCUAGAAUCGACCAGAUCUUCAACCACUUAGAGCGCCUGGAGAUCCUGGCCAGCAAGGAACCGCCAAACCGCCGGCAGAACGCCAAAUUACGAGUGGACCAGCUAAAGUAUGAUGUCCAACACCUUCGGACCGCUCUGCAAAAUUUCCAGCACCGUCGCUACGCCAAAGAGGCCCAGGACAGAGAGAGGGAGGAGCUCAUGAGCCGCACCUUCACGACCAACGACGCAGAUACCUCCAUCCCCAUAGAUGAGACGCUUCAUUUAAACUCCAACCUGAACAACGCACACAGAGGCAUGGACGACCUCCUGGGCAGCGGCGGCAGCAUCCUCAACGGCCUCAGAGAUCAGAGGUCCACACUGAAGGGGACCCAUAAGAAGAUGCUGGAUGUGGCCAACAUGCUGGGGCUGUCGAACACAGUGAUGAGGCUGAUAGAGAAGCGAGCCACCCAGGAUAAGCUCAUCAUGGUCGGGGGCAUGCUGCUGACCUGCGUCUUCAUGUUCCUGGUGAUCAGAUAUCUGGGCUGAGCGUGAUCGGCCGUGGACAUUUCUGCAGCGCGUCAUCCCUCGUGAUAUGAAAAAGUGGCAGAAAGCAAUUUUUAAACAUCUGAUUAGAGUAAUUCUUUUAUAAACCGUGCCAUUAUAGUUUGUUUACCACCAUUUAAAUUAUUUUGGGCACCUUUUUGCAAAAUGGUCAAGGUUGAUGAAGACCUUAAUAAGUCAGUGUUUUAUUCCACUUGAAGCUCCAUUGGAGCAUUGGACUUUGAUAAGAGGUCUGCUUUCCCUCAGAUUACUGCCACAAAUCAACAAUCUAGUCUUUCUAUCAAAACCACUCUGAAAACUAAAUCUCUCCUGUGACUGUAGCCGAGUGGCUGUUUCAAAUACUUCAAACUUAACUUUAUUCUCUUUUUUUCCCCUCCAGUGGACAGCUAUGUGUUUUUUCUUUCUGCAUCUCGUGUCAUUCUGCCUUGUUGGUUCAUAGAGAAAUAGAAAUACCCACAAUGCUCCAUGUUUCACUACAGUACAACUCAAGAAUACUGAAGAAUCUUUUGUCUAAUGUGUUAUGAUGUACAUAACAUGUGGCAACAAGGAUCUGUUCAGAAAGUAAAUGGAAGCAGCAAUUCAUUUGUAAUAGCUCAAGUCAUUUCUCUUGGAUUCUAGCUUUGGUCUAGUCUCACUAUGUGAGGGACUCAAUUGUCUUAAUAGAAUAAAACAUGUUUAAUUU